AUGAAUGAGGUGCUGGAGACCCUGAAGAAGAUCGAGGACAAGUACAAGCUGUUCCAGCAGCAGCAGUUCACCUUCAUCAAAGCCCUGGAGCGCACCCGGGAGGAAGCCCAUGACAUGAUCAGACCUGUGUCAUCCAUUGUCCAGGUGCAGUGCUACAAGGACCAUCACUGCUUCAACGCCACAGACAGGCGCGUCCUCAACAUGUUCGUGUCCCUGUGCAACGAGCUGCGCUGCCUCUGCCAGAAGAUGGAGAGGGCGCACGCUGGGGACAGCGUCACCCACGGCCUUUUGGAGAAGUGCAAAUUGCUCCUGAACGACAGCAACGACCUCACUGCCCUUCGAGCCACGUACCCCCACAGGGUUGUGAACUUCCUGAGCGUAGAGGAAUCAAAGCAUCGCUAUGGAGGGGUGGUGAGCUUGCUGCCCAUCGUCCUGGACACCAUGAGGGCCUGGGUCACACACUCCAAGAAGUACCUGAUCCCCAAUGAGAAAGAGUGUGAGAGGUGCAAGUAUGAAGACCCACGUUUAGGAAAGAAAGCCCCUUGGAUCCCACCAGGGAACACCUCCUGUUAGAGGAUCAGAGCUCCUGCGUCGUCUGCUCACCACCUUUUAGCACCUGGCUGAUCUAAUACAGUGCAAUCAACACCAGAGAACCGUCC